GUUUGCACCGUACUAAAUGUACGUAUCUAUUCGUAAAAAUUAUAAAGCGAAUGCGAUUCGCCGGUGGAUAUACACUUCGCGAAAUUAAUUCCCCGGCGUUCCUUCACGUCGCAUUCGUACGGCUACGCGCACGUUUUCCUCGCGUGUCAAAGGAGCGUGCGUUCACGAGGAGAAUCCGUUUACGGUCGCACGAUACCUAACAGGCAGCCUUGAUUGCAGUCUCCAGGCAACGAGAUGAUCCCGCCACGAAUAUUCCGCCUCAUUCACACAAACGGCCUGCUCUGGCAGUCCUCAAACAAGUCUCUGCUGGCAAAGUUGCGCAAGAAGACUGGUUAUACUUUCGCCAACUGCAAGAAAGCCCUGGAGUUGCACGAGAACGACGUGCAGAAGGCUGAAAAGUGGUUGAGGGAGCAAGCGCAGCAACGCGGAUGGGCCCAGGCAGUCAAGCUGCAGGGCCGCAGCACCAAACAAGGCCUGAUCACAGUGAUAGUGGAUCAAAAUUAUGCAGCUCUGGUGGAGGUCAAUUGCGAGACUGACUUUGUGGCACGGAACAAGAAAUUCCACAGCCUUGCAGAGACUGUGAUAUCAGCCGUAAUAAGUCACUCUAAGAGCCAAGAGCUUCAGAACGAGGUGCAGCGCACUGUGUUCCACAUGAAUACUCUCAUGACAUUGCCAGCAGCCGAUGGCAAGACGCUUGGCGAUCAUGCCGCCUUGACUAUCGGCAACGUGGGCGAGAAUAUCAGUCUGCGGCGUGCACUCGCCAUCAGCGUGCGUCCGGACAUCACGCUGUUCGGCUGCACGCAUCCAGCACCCAUGAACCCCAUCCCUGUGUCUUUCGGCAAGUACGGUGCCCUCGUCGCCGUCAAGUGCAAACAAGACAACGAUAUGCUGGGCACGCAGCUUUGCCAGCACGUUAUAGGUAUGGAUCCGCAGAAGGUCGGAAACCCGCAGGUCGACGAGCCGCACGAUAACACAGAGGAGGAGACAUGUAUGAUUUAUCAAGAAUUCCUGCUAGAUCCUAGUCUCUCGGUGCAAGAAUUGCUGGAAAAUUUACAGGCCGAGGUGGUCGAUUUCGCGCGCUUCGAGGUCGGUGAGGAACUGGACGAGCCCACCUUAGAACCGACAUUGGAGAACGUGCAGACAUGCGGCUGAAAUCUCAGGUGAUCAUCCGUUAUCAUCGUUUAUCUAAGCUUCUACGUAGAAAGUCGCGACUUCUACCACGCACUUGGACUUCCUGGGACCGAACAUUGCGGCCCAAGCUGGGGACAUCCUUCUUCGUCCUGGUCGCGUUGUCGUUCUCAUCCCACUUUAGGUUCUCGACUGUCCGGACAGAGAGAAAAUUCACGUGGUCGUUAUGCGACUCGUAAGGAGCGCCAACCUACCUCGAGUGUACGUACCGCUCGAGUGGUCCGAUUCGUCGUUUCGCCAGUCCAUCGAAGAAUCUCCGCGCUGUCAAACGAUGACGACGGACACUCCGCUCUGACAUUUGUCGACCAAGUCCUCGUCCCUCUCUGUCACCUCCUGUCAAGGAGAAAAAUGACAACGAGCGCACUUUGUUUCGAGGCUCGGAUCGAAGGAACCGAAGAAAUGUGUAUGUAUGGAUUUUCAUAGCGGAGCGAAUGUGAACGUACACACGCUCCCAUGUAUGAUUGUAUGUAUAUAAUUUAAAAUAGCGUCAUGUAUGAAGGAGAACAUAUGUACAAUCGUAUGCAGGAUGAGGCACCUAAAACAGGCCAUCUGAAUAACUUUUGAAUAUCUGAAUAUCUUCGGAUAUGCAAAAAAUGUUAAAUAGUUAUAGAGGAAGUUGUAGAGUUUUAAGUGACGCAUCACGCAGCGAUACUAGUAACAGCGUCAUCAAGGUUACGGGGAGGUCACCUUGAUUUUUUUUUUAAUGGAAACUCCCGCCUUUUAUUGUAUCAUCUUUUUCUACCAAUUAAUUUCAACAACUUUUGUCUGAAAUAUUUUUUACUUGCCUGAUAUUUUUUGAGAUAUUUAAGGAAAAUUUGGUAACUUUCAAUAUUUUGCUUACGAUCUUGCUAAUUAUUUGUCAGAAAAAAGUGGGAGGUAUUGGAUUUUUUACUCUAUUUGAUCUCAAGAAUAUUACAACAGUGCCCUAAUUUUUGUCAUCUUGAUGCUUUCGAGAUUUCGGUCAGCGGUCAUCAAGCAACUGUGACAGCAUAUUCUUGAGACCAAGUAGAAUAAGAAAGUCUAACGCCACUUUUUCUCACAGAACAAAUAAUUUCCGAAAUAUCGUACGCCAAGUAUUGAAACAGUUAUCGGGAAAAAGAUGGUACAACAAACAUGUUACAACUUCUUUCAACAUUCUUUUCUAUCCUGCAUAUUUCACAGUUAUUCAGGUGGCCUAUUUUAGGCGUCUCACUCUGUAUACGCCUGUGUAAUGAAAUGAGAACGCACUGAUAUGCAGGCGA